ACUGUCUACAUGAUAUUUUUUUGUAUAUAUUAUUUCUUUUUCCUGAAAUUUUUCCUUUUUAUUUAUUUAGGCUCCUCUUUUUCUUUGCAAAAACCCUAAAUUCAGUCGUCUAAGAGAGAGAUUAUCUUCUUUCUCUUGUGAAAAAAAAAAUUCAGGGAUAUUGCAUGUAAUUUUGGGGGAUUUUUACUUGCUAAUUUCGGGUGAGAUUGAGAUUAAUCUCCAUUGGAAAGAGCUCUUGCAUUUCUCUGCUACAGUGUUGGUUUUAGCUCCAGAAUUGUUGAAAAGGGCAUAAUUUUCCAGCUAUUUUUGUGAAUCUGUGGUUUAAAAAAAAAUGGAGGAGAAAAGUGAAAUUAGUCCAAGUGGGGUCAUCACGGCUAAGGGGGAUGAAGCUUUGGCUUCAAGAACAGAGUUUCAACAAAACCCUAGCUUUCUCCCAUUCGUGGGAUCCACGACGGUGGUGCCUCCUCCUCCGCCUCCGGCACCAACCACCGUGAUUCCUGGCUCAGCCGCCGCAGCGCCGCCGCCGUUGAUCCCAAGCGCAGGAUCAGAUCCGACGAAGAAGAAGAGAGGAAGGCCGAGGAAGUACGCUCAAGAUGGAAGUCUAAACCCUACUAGGGCUUCGAGACCAACUCUCUCCCCAACUCCAAUCUCGUCUUCGAUUCCAUUUUCUGGGGAUUAUCAUCAUUCUAAUUGGAAACGAGGAAAAGCUCAGCAACAGCAGCAGCAUUCUUCUGAAUUCGUCAAGAAAUCUCACAGAUUUGAGUAUGAAAGCAGCAGCCCAGCUCCUCCUCCUCCUCCUGGGCUUUCAUACUAUGUGGGUGCAAAUUUUACAACCCAUCAGUUUACUGUCAAUGCCGGUGAGGAUGUAACGAUGAAGGUUAUGCCGUAUUCGCAAGGAUCUCGAGCUAUCUGCAUUCUUUCUGCAACUGGUUCCAUCUCUAAUGUCACACUUCGUCAACCUACCACUUCAGGCGGCACUCUUACAUAUGAGGGUCGAUUUGAGAUACUUUCGCUGUCGGGUUCCUUUAUGCCAACCGAAAACGGAGGAACGAAAGGUCGGUCCGGUGGUAUGAGCAUUUCUUUAGCCGGACCAAAUGGCAAAAUCAUCGGCGGUGGCCUUGCCGGUAUGCUCAUAGCAGCCGGUCCUGUCCAGGUGGUAAUGGGAAGUUUCAUUGUGAUGCAUCAAGCAGAACAAAAUCAGAAGAAGAAACCUCGAAUCAUGGAGGCUUCUCCUCCACCACAACCAUCACAACAACAACCUCCUACUUUCACCAUAACCACCGUGAAUUCUACUUCUCCGGCAGUGGCCACGGUAGAGGAGCCAAAACAUCAAGCCUACGGUGGUGGUGGUGGUGGUAUAGUGAGACCGAUGGCUCAAAUGCCUUCUUUCCACAACGACAAUUCAGCUAUGAACAAUUUCACAUCGACCUUUCACGGAUAUGGGAACAUGAACACUGGUACUAACAAAGAAGAAGAUGACUAUGACGAUGGUGGGGACGAUGAUGAUUCCGGCGAUACUAGGAGCCUGUCUAAUAGUGGUUGAGCAUUUCUCGGAUUUUUCUUGUGUAGAAAGUAAGGAGACCUUUAAUGGCAAAAAAAUGAUUCAGCUAUUCUUCAUUUCUCUGCUUUGUUUUUAGAGGGUUGUUUUAGGUGUGAGUUUUUUUCUUUUCUUUUUCUUCCGUUGUGUUUUCUAGAGUUGUUUUUGUGAUCGGUUUAGAUUAAUUAUGUUGAAAUCAUCGAUUAAACGAUGUUUUAUGGUUGCAGUUAUUGGGAUUAAAAAAGUUUACUAUUUUGCAUAUGACAUGGUUUCAACUAAUCUUGAAAUCCCUUUCUGUGA